ACGCCACACUGUUUGCGGAUAUGCUAAGAGAUGGAAAAUCAAAGUCCGCUUUUAAACGGUUUAUAGUUGUGUAAUUUGUAAUACAACAUUUGAAGUGAGUAAGUACUAAUUUGACUAGGUCGUGUGCUCGGAUGCAGUCGUUUCUUGUUCCCCUUCCGGUUUCGCUACCAUUCAUAAACAGAAACACACACAUCUUGUGCUUUCUUUAUUGAGACCUACUGUGCACUACUAUAAAAGGCAGGAUGAGUAAUCCACCGUGGCCCACAGGGAAGAAACUGGUGCAUCUGGAUUUGAAAGGUGCCCCUCCGAAAACUGAAUACCUACACCAGCUGAUAGAGUGCUUCUCUCAACUUGGUGCCGAUGGCCUCCUUGUGGAAUAUGAGGACAUGUUUCCUUAUGAGGGAGAGCUGAAGCAACUGCAGGCAACAGCACAACCUGCAUACAGCCAAGAUGAGAUAUUGUCCCUGCAGAAAGUUGCAAAAUCUAAGGGCAUGGAGAUUGUACCACUUGUGCAGACAUUUGGCCAUAUGGAGUUUGUGCUCAAGCACCAAGCCAUGUGGAACUUGAGAGAAGUGUCAGACUGUGUGGGCACACUCAAUCCUCUCAGAGAAGAUGGGCUGAAGCUUGUGAUGGAGAUGGUGAGACAGGUGGUGGAGCUCCAUCCAGGUCUAAACACGCUACACAUAGGCGCAGAUGAGGUUUACAGGUUGGGUGAAGGUGAGACGUCAAAAUUAUGGUUGGCUUCAACUGGACGCACAGUAGAGCAACUUUUCUUGACUCAUGUCGUAUCGGUGGCAAGGUACAUCAAGAAGAUGUGGCCUCACAUGACUAUCAUCAUGUGGGAUGAUAUGAUGAGGGGGAUGAGCCAGGACACAUUGAAAGCUAGUGGUAUUGUAGGACUAGUCCAACCAAUGCUGUGGGAUUACACACCUAAUAUGGAUGUGAACAAAACAGUGUCGUUGCUGGAGAAGUACUACAGUGCCGGUAUGCAAGAUGUCUGGGCAGCCAGCUCCUUUAAAGGCUCCACCUGUGUUUACACCAAUGUACCCAGCACACAGAGACAUGUAGAGAACCAUUUGCAAUGGUUGAAGGUGGCUGCAUCUCUCCCCACUGGUUUAAAUCUUAAGGGCAUUGUCAUGACAGGCUGGCAAAGGUAUGACCACCUGUCUGUGCUGUGUGAGCUCAUGCCCGUGGCUCUUCCUUCUCUGGCAGCUUGUCUCCAAACACUUUUCCAUGGCCAGUUGAGUCCUGAGGCUCAAAGCAAAGUGAAUAAAAUGUUGGGUGUCUCCUCUGUGGAGGCAGAGUUCAUGGGAAGCGCUUCUGGUGAUUCCAUCCUGUUUCCGGGAAGGACACUAGCAGAGGCAAUUGUGGAACUGGAUUCACUCAUUAGCUCAGAGGACAUCAUGUAUUUUGAAAAAAAUAUGUAUGUACGUGGAUGGUUCAGUCCUUACCACAGAGCAAGGAGAAUGCUAAAUCCUCUUAUCGCUGUGCAGAUUCACUGUCAAGCAUCAAGGUAUUUGGCUAUGCUGCAACAGAAGGUGGAUGUAGUAAGAGAGCAGAUGAGUAGUUUUUACCCAGAUUCAACAGCACAAGAGUGGAUAGAAGAGCAUGUUAGCCCGGUGAUGGCCCCCCUGCAAAGGAUUAUUGAUGAAAUCUCAGCAUGCACAAUGAAGAUAGUUCCAUAGAAUCAUCUUCCCUCUUAGUCAUAAGGAUUGUGGAGUACAUAUUAUAUGCUUGCUUGAAACAAUUAAAUCCAACAAAUUAUCAAAUGAUUUUCAAGUGGCAUUCAUUUAUUUCCGUAUGUACUUACAGUAAAUAGUGGCCUGAUUCAGAACACUUUUCUUCCUUAUAUUAUGCAACAUCACAAUUUUCUCCAGGUACACUACAGGAGAUAAUUGUGAUGUUGAAUGAUAUAAGGAGCUAAGGACCAAAAUAGAUAAAGAGCAUGAAGACGUGAAAUCCUUAAAGAAACACAUUAAGGAUUUGAAGAAUGAAAAUGCAUCACUUCAUAAAAAAAUGGAUGGCCUGGAAGGAAAAGUGGGAGCUUUAAAGAAGCAAAAUAAUGAAAAGCAUCACAUAUUGCAUAUGACUUGCAGAGUGGAUGACUUGGAGCAGUCAAAGCGCAUGAACAAUGCUUCACAUAACACGCAAUUCUUAUGCAAGUGCAGCUAAUAAUGGAGGAAUAAGAUGUUGCUCCAACAGAGCAACAGGUGGCCAACCUUCUGCAGUCAAAGGGGGUGGAUUUGGAUGACGACAACAUGGAUACAUUCAUUCCAAUGUUUGGCAGGAAUAAGGACACCGGCCAUCAUUAUAAAGUUCAACAACAGAAAAAACAGGGUAGCAUGGCUGAGGCAGAGAAGCAAGCUGAAAGAAACAAACGUCUACAUCAGGGGUCGCCAGCACGGUGCCCACGGGCACCAGGUAGCCCCUCCAGGACCACAAGGCGCCCACAACCUUGCUUGUCAUUCAGGUUUUCAGUUAAUAGUAAUGAGUACACUAGAGAGAAAU